AUGAAUUUAGAUUCCAUCCAUCAGUUAACUGAGGAAACACAAAUCUUCCAGAUGCCACAGUCAUCAAUAAAAGCACCUUGUGACACGGUAGCACCUGCUUCCCCCCCCAGGGACACUUGUCAUUCCUGUUUGCCACUUCAGGGGCUGCAAUCACAUGCCGCUCACAACGUCUGUGUGCACUCAUGCAACACCAGUGAGUGGAAUAUUUGUGAAGAGCUUCUCCUGCGGGAACUUGAGGAAGUCAAAUCCAGAGCUGCCCAGAUGGAGAAGACCAUGCGGUGGUGGUCAGACUGCACUGCCAACUGGAGAGAAAAGUGGAGCAAAGUUCGGGCUGAAAGGAACAGCGCCAGGGAGGAGGGAAGACAGCUCAGAAUAAAAUUAGAGAUGACAAUGAAGGAAUUGAGUGCAUUGAAAAAGAAACAAAGUUUGCCACAUCAAAAGGUGUUAGAAACCACCCAGGACCUGAAGCAUCCUAGUUUCAUAAAAGUGCCAUCUGCACCAGGAGACCAGUUUCAAAUUGGUUCACAGACAUGUAAGUCUAUCAGAGAAUGUCCGGUGAGAAGAGAAUUUCCUACAAAGGACAACGCAGAUAGGAAGGAAGAAGUUUUGAUUAUUGACCAGUUAAGGUUAAAUGAGGAGAUGAAACUCAAUCUUAACUGUCCUGAUUCAUUCAAGAAUAGUGGUUCUGACAACUGUACACUGAAAUCUGCAUUAAGACUACAGGCAAUGACCCUGCCUUUGGAGAGUGAAGUGCCUGAAAUUUCAGCUUCGCAGGUGCAUCUGGAUGAGUUCCAAAAAAUUUUAUGGAAAGAAAGAGAAAUGCGCUCAUCUUUGGAAAAAGAAAUAGAACGACUGGAGUCAGCUUUGUCUGUAUGGAAAUGGAAAUAUGAAGAACUGAAAGAAUCAAAGCCAAGAAGUCUGAAAGAG